UCAGGACACUCCUGCCAAAAGCAUCACCGUGGGAACAGGAAAGACACUUCACCUUUUAGUCAUUUUGUAGACACUUUUAUCCACAGCAACUUAUAAAUGAGCACUAGCAUGCAGAACAUUCCAGAGAAGAGGAGAGUCACAGGAAGCCUGCGAGAGUCCCAGAUGUCCCAGGAUGGUGAAGGUCACAGGGGCUCCAUUUUGGACGCUGACCCAACACAGGUGUUUGAGAAGCAGGUAGACGCUGAGCAGGAAACCCUGAUGAUGGAGCUUACACGACUGGUGCAGAAGAGUUUGCGAGAGAGCAGCUGGUGGGAGAGGAGGGGUAUAGACUGCACCAUCCUGACCGCAGUGUUCAUCACUUUGCCCGCAGGGUUCCUGUUGUUGGGUUCGUCUCAGCCAUUGUAUUUCCUGUUGGGUCUGCUCAUUAUGGGCGUGGCACAUGCCGUCAUCACUGUUAAAGGGGCGCACAUGGCCAGUCACGGCGCGCUCAGCGAGUCUCCGACCUGGGCCAAAUUCUGGGCUGUUUUCUUUAUCGAAGUGUGCGGGUCGUUCUCUGCAAGGGCGGGUGUACAAGCGCAUGUUAAGAUGCAUCAUGCUUACACUAAUGUGAUUGGUCUAGGAGACUCCAGCACCUGGAAAAUCCCCUUCCUGCCUCGAUCCGUCUACCUGUUCAUCGCCCCUCUGGCAGUCCCAGUCAUCACUCCUGUCGUAGCCAUGGGUCAAAUGAAGGGUCAAUCGCCAUCCCAGAUCGUGCGCACAGUGUUGUGUGUGUGUCUGGGCUUUUUCUCUCAGUAUUACCUGCUCAGGUGUGUGUCGGGGCUGUCGUGCGGCUCUGCUCUGCUGGUCAUGCUGCUGUGUAGAGCCAUGUUCUCCCUGCCGUACAUACACGUCAACAUAUUUCAGCACAUCGGUCUGCCAAUGUUCUCUUCAACCUGUCGACCCAAACGAAUCUAUCAGAUGACUCACGGCGUUCUGAAUCUUCCUCGAAACCCUCUGCUGGACUGGACAUUCGGUCAUUCCCUCAUCAACUGCCACGUAGAGCAUCACCUUUUCCCAUACCUGUCUGACAACAUGUGCCUGAAGGUGAAGCCCAUAGUGUCUCAGUAUUUAAAAGACAAGCAGUUGCCUUAUCAGGAGGACGGUUACCUCUCGCGCCUGAGUCUGUUCUUCCACAAAUAUCAGGAGCUGAUGGUGUUUGCUCCGCCCAUCACAGAACUGGUGGGAGUGCAGUGACACAGGGAGAAGACGAUUGGAUGAAGAGAUAAAGAGGAGAAAUGAGAACAUGGACACAGAAGGGAAAGCCAUUGUGCUUUUCCAAAUGCUUAACGGGUGCAUGAAUACAAUUUUAGAAUUAAGAAGCGAUCAGAAGAGCAUGUUUAGCAGAGAUGAUACUUUCAUUCUUAUUUUGACAUUUGUCCUUGAAACAGGAAGGGCUUGACCUUUUUUAAAAUAGCCUAUAGCCUUAAUGUUUUCGUCACAGUCAUGCACCGUGAUUGGCUACUUACUUUCGCUUAUCAGAAGUCAGUAUUAUGCCGUAUUUUCACUGCAUCCGACAAACAACAAAUGAGAGAAGUCGUUAAUCUCUAUUGAAGAGUCGUACUGGGGCCGCGUUGAGUUCUGUCCAUCUGCGGAUGCCGAAUUUUCGGAGCUUCAGAUGCAUUGAAAUAUUUCAACAUAUGUGACUAGGCCAUAUGCAACCACCCGACUGAAUGUGACAUAUAGGGUAUGACAAGGUUGUAUAAUUUAGUAGUAAUACAUAAUGAUGCAUUGUAAAGAUACCAAACAAUCAAAAAGAAUAUUUACUUUUUUUAUAUUUUAAUUUAAAAUUUGUACGUGUUUCAAUUGAGAUCAAAUGUAGAAUUUACUUCAUAUUUUCACAUUCAUGUUUAAACUAACUUUAUCAGAACUUAAUAAUUUCUGCUAUAUUUACUUUACCACAAAAUGUAUAUUUUUUUAUUUUAUUGUAGUAGUAUUCUCUUGGUACUGCCUUUCAAUUUAGCUGAUUCUCGUGGAUUCAAUCAUAAUAAACACUGAUUGAACAAAACAGUUUUUCCCCCCUGUAAUACAGUACAACAAAAUGAGUGAAUAUUAAUCAUGCAUUUAAUACUUUAAACUCUUUAUGGAUAGAAAGGUGGGCGCUAUAUCACGAUACACGUUUAGUUUAAAACAAUAAAGUCUCUGUAUACAUGAGUCUGGCAUAUGAGGUCUCAUUUGAAAGCUUAGAAUCUGAAGUUUUUAGAGAUAGAGAUCACUUCUGCAUUUAUGUUACUUAAAAUGACAAAAUAAGGCCUCAAAACAUUUGCGUUGAAAAUUAGCGCCCCCUAGAGGUAACUGAGUAUAAAUAUUUAUAUAUAAAUAAAUCACAUAGCACCUAAAUGGACAAGUCAUAUAUCAAACAAAAGGUCUCAUUCUCAGGAAUGUGACUGUACAGUUACAUUUUGCUGCCCUAAUACCACAGUUUGAAAGAUGAUUCCUGUCAUCAAAUACAAACAUCUCUUUUAUAAUCCAAUAACUGCUGCUGUAGGCCACAACUAGCCAGAUGAGCCAUUUCUUACUUGUCUGUAAACUUGCUUGGCUGAAUAAUCCAAUGUUAUAUCUUAGAUGUCCAGAACAAAACACGCCAUCCAGAAGUAUAAGCAUGCAAAACAAAUAUGUUUUCGACUAUUGAGAUUAUACCAUCGCAAAGGGGUGGAUCUCAGCUUUCUAAUGACAUCUAGAUUGAGCUUCUAGUCCACUCAGAGGCCGAGAUAUUCAAUGAAAUAAUAAGGGUGGUGCUUGAACUGAACAUUAGACUGAAUGUCAAUGGACAAGCAAAUCUGUGAGGGCUCAAAUGCAUAUAGUAGAAUAUAGAUUGCUAUAACUCUCAUAGACAUGAACUAAAAGCCAUUGAAAAUGUCAAGGAUGCUUUUGUGUGAACCAAUAAGGAGCAUUUCCUUUCAUUCGGUUGUUUGAUCACACCUUUAUGACAUCACUUCCUGACCCUGCUUAUGACAUUAUUGAAUGUAAGAUCUUUGCCACGUAUGUGCUGACAUCAUAUCAGUGGUAAUGCUGCACUGCAGCUGGCAUUGUACCUGACCUCUGACCACAAUCAGCUCUGAACUUCAACAUGCGACUGUAUGAACACCAUUAAGAUAAACAUACCUAAUCUAUUUUCACUGGGUGGAUGAUAAAACAAGUGAAAAAUGCCAUAGAUUUACAUUGAAGGUGGAACUCAAAUCAUAUCUAGAGACCAUGUGGACAAUUGUGACUUGGGCCAGCAAGCAAUCGCCCAGAACAUCCUGGCAACCACUUAGCAACAUGCUAAAAGCCAUCAGAAUAUAAAAGCAAUGGCAUAGCAACUCUCUGACAUUGUGGUUGAGUUUUGCAUGUGCAAGCUGCACUCAUAUAUCUUCAGAAAAUGUUUUUAUGAUGGUUGUACAUAGGUUGACCUAUUAGAAUUAGCUAAAAGCCUAAUACCCAGUACAAUAUUAAUACUCAUAGUAGAAAAAUGAGUACAAGUACCCAUAAUGAACAUGCAUUAAUUACUUAAUUAUCACAUAAUACUCACAUUUACAGAAGUGCAGUUGUAGCAAAUGUUUUAUUGUUAUUAUGAUUGGUUGAAAGUGUUUGUUAUCGAUGAAGAAACAGAUUUGUAUGCACUGAUGGAGGUCAAGUUUCUGAUUGUUUUAGGGAUUUUAACCAAAAUCGUUUGACAAGCUUUCACUGAACACAAAUAAUGUACUGUAAGUGCAUAUGAUGAUACUGAGGUGUGUAUGUGUGUGUGUGUGUGUGUGUGUGUGAGAGAGAGAGAGAGAGAGAGAGAGAUUGAUGUUCUUUUUGAAAUGUAAGAUUUGAUGCAUUGACUUUACUGAC